UUAAGUGAAAACUGUGAUCACGAAUCAAUAAAAUAUUAUACGCAAUGUACAUAAAGUUUAUUAUUUUUACGUUAAGUGUGUUUGUAUUCAGCGUAACUGCAUUUUUACCACGAAAUAAUCGUGGACGAAAAAAUUUAACAGAAGUUAAUGAAAAUGUAUAUUUAGUAUUUUACAAUGGUGAAACAGUUGAUCAAUAUGAAAGUAUACAACUAUCAGAUAUUGAAUCAUUAUUGAAAAAUAAAGAUUUUGAUGCGAAACAUAAGAAAACAGUAUUCUACACACCUGGUUUUGUGGAACCAGUUAAUGCAAGCACAACGGUAGCGGUAUUAUCCAGUUAUUUGGAUACAAAACAGUAUAAUGUCAUACAAGUAAAUUGGACAAAAUAUUCAAUGGCUGGUAAAUAUUUACAGGAAGCUGUACCAAGUACUUAUGCGGUUGGACAAGCGGUAGCUCUUGGCAUUGAAAAAUUACUAGGAACAGGUGUUCUAGAUAGAAAUACGAUUACUAUUGUGGGACAUUCGUUGGGUGCACAAAUUAGUGGAACAAUUGCAAGAAAUUUGAAACAACCAAUUCCGUUAGUAGUUGGAUUAGAUCCAGCCGGGCCGGGUUACGGUGAAGCAUCAGAACAUCUGCGCAAAGGCGACGCACAAUAUGUAUUAGUAAUUCAUACGGAUGUUGGCGUUUAUGGAACUAGAUACAAUGAUGGAGAUUUGGAUUUACAUAUGAAUAGUGGUAUUCGACCACAACCAGAAUGCACUAUAUUAUCGAUACCGUUUUCACUAACAGAAGCAGAUACAUGUAGCCAUCAAAAAUCGACUUUCUUUUGGGCAAAUAUAGUUCGAUAUCCUGGUAUAUUUAAAGCAAUUGAUUGUGAUAGUGCACAAUUUUUAAGAAUUAAAAAAUGUGAUAAAUCAAAACCGAUAACCAUUAGUCAAGAUAUGCAAGGGAUCACUGGAGUUUAUUAUUUACGUACAGGCAAAAAGCAUCCAUACGGACUGGGAUUAGAGGGUAUCUAAGAUGUAAUAAAAAAAAUGUAUUAAAAUU